GGAACCGGCGAUCUCAAAGAUUCUAGCGCUCCUACCAAAGAGCCUCAAUCAGCCAAGGCGGAACGUUACCAUGAGCUUCUUCAUCCCGCCGACAGCUACCCAUCCAGAUAGUUUAACUUUUACGAGUAACUCUAGAACUGCCAACGACCCUUAUCAACACUGCCCAAUCGCAGAAUGCCAGGGGGAAAGAGAGGGCUGGUGGCACCGCAGAACACUUUUUUGGAAAAUAUUGUCAGGCGAUCAAGUGAAACCAGUUUCCUGCUUGGGAACGCCCAGAUUGUGGAGUGGCCAGUAGUGUACAGUAAUGACGGAUUCUGCAAGCUGUCGGGGUACCACAGGGCUGAAGUGAUGCAGAAGAGCAGCACGUGCAGUUUUAUGUACGGAGAGCUGACUGACAAGAAGACAAUAGAGAAAGUCAGGCAGACCUUUGAUAGCUAUGAGUCCAAUUGCUUUGAAGUCCUAUUGUACAGAAAGAACAGGACACCUGUCUGGUUUUAUAUGCAGAUCGCACCCAUCCGGAACGAGAACGACAAGGUGGUCUUGUUCCUGUGCACUUUCAAAGACAUCACUGUCUUCAAGCAGCCCAUUGAGGAUGAGUCCACCAAGGGAUGGACCAAGUUUGCACGGCUGACGCGGGCACUGACCAACAGCCGAAGCACUCUGCAGCAGCUCACGCCCAUGAACAAGACCGAGGUCAGCCACAAGCACUCACGUCUUGCAGAGGCUCUACAGCUGGGCUCCGACAUCCUGCCCCAGUACAAGCAGGAGGCGCCGAAGACACCCCCGCACAUUAUCCUGCACUACUGCACCUUCAAGACCACCUGGGACUGGGUCAUCCUCAUCCUCACCUUCUACACGGCCAUCAUGGUGCCCUACAAUGUGUCUUUCAAGACCAAGCAGAACAACAUUGCCUGGCUAGUGCUGGACAGCGUGGUGGAUGUCAUCUUCUUGGUGGACAUCGUGCUCAACUUCCACACUACCUUUGUGGGCCCUGGCGGAGAGGUCAUCUCUGACCCCAAACUCAUCCGCAUGAACUAUCUAAAAACCUGGUUUGUCAUAGACCUGCUGUCCUGCCUGCCCUAUGACAUCAUCAAUGCCUUUGAGAAUGUGGAUGAGGACCCGCUUUCGGACACCCCAUCAGUCGGGCAUCUGCGAGAGACGGCUAAUCCGCAGAGAAAUGCCACCCGGGCAGAGGACUCUGUACUCCCGGGGAUCAGCAGUCUGUUCAGCUCGCUGAAAGUGAUCAGGCUGCUGCGUCUGGGCCGGGUCGCCCGGAAACUGGACCACUACCUGGAGUACGGAGCGGCGGUGCUGGUGCUGCUGGUGUGCGUCUUUGGGCUUGUGGCCCAUUGGCUGGCCUGCAUCUGGUACAGCAUCGGCGACUACGAGGUGAUAGACAAGGUCACCAACACCAUUAAGACGGACAGUUGGCUCUACCAGUUGGCCACCAGCAUCGGCUCGCCCUACUACUACAACACCAGCGGCCCCGGCCAAUGGGAGGGCGGCCCCAGCAAAGACUCGCUCUACAUCACCUCCCUCUACUUCACCAUGACUAGCCUUACAACCAUCGGCUUCGGGAACAUCGCACCCACCACAGACGGGGAGAAGAUCUUCUCUGUGGCCAUGAUGAUGGUGGGCUCCCUCCUGUAUGCAACUAUUUUUGGGAAUGUCACCACCAUCUUUCAGCAGAUGUAUGCCAACACCAACCGCUACCACGAGAUGCUCAACAACGUGCGUGACUUCCUGAAGCUCUACCAGGUGCCUAAAGGGCUGAGCGAGAGGGUCAUGGACUACAUCGUCUCCACCUGGUCCAUGACCAAGGGCAUCGACACUGAGAAGGUGCUGUCCAUCUGUCCCAAGGACAUGAGGGCGGACAUCUGCGUCCACCUGAACCGCAAGGUGUUCAACGAGCACCCCGCCUUCCGGCUGGCCAGCGACGGCUGCCUGCGCUCCCUGGCCGUGGAGUUCCAGACCAUCCACUGCGCCCCCGGUGACCUCAUCUUCCACGCUGGGGAGAGCGUGGACACCUUGUGCUUCGUGGUGUCGGGGUCGCUCGAGGUCAUCCAGGACGAUGAGGUCAUAGCCAUUCUAGGUAAAGGGGAUGUGUUUGGGGACGUCUUCUGGAAGGAGACCACCUUGGCCCAUGCGUGCGCCAAUGUCCGGGCGCUCACCUACUGCGACCUACAUGUCAUCAGGAGGGAGGCACUGCUGAAGGUGCUGGAGUUCUACACCGCCUUCGCCAACUCCUUCUCGCGCAACCUCAUCCUCACCUGCAACCUGCGCAAACGGAUAAUCUUCCGGAAGAUCAUAGAUGUGAAGAAGGAGGAGGAGGAGCGGCAGCGACAAAAGAAUGAGGUGACACUCUCCAUCCCGGUGGACCAUCCCGUCAGGAAGCUUUUCCAGAAGUUCAAGCAGCAGAAGGAGAUGCGCAAUCAGGGCUCCUCCCAGCUGGACCUGGAGAAGAACCAGCUGCAGGCGGAGCACCAGCUGAACCCCCACUCCCACCAGCACCACCCGCUCCAGCACUCGCACCCCAUGCAGAACGGGGCCUCCACCACCGGCAACAGCAGCGUGGUCACUGUCUCCCAGAUCACCCCCAUCCAGAACUCGCUGGUGUACAUCAAGACCAGCGAGCCCAGCAAGCAGAACAAUCGCGACAUCAUGGAGCUCAAACCCAGCCUGACCGUCAGCGACCAGAACUGCCUCAAGGUCACCAGCCCCAUGCGGCUCAAGCCCGCCAGCAACCGCGGCUGGAUGCGCCUGAAAAACAACAUGGCCGCUCCCGAGGAGAAGAAGGAGGACUGGAACAACGUCUCCAAAGCCGGGUCCAUGGAGCUUCUCUCGGAGGACAGCAGGAGCCAGGAAUCGGAGGGCAGGGGCAGCGUGGGGGACAGGAAGAACCCCCUGCGCAAGACGGGCUCCUGUGACAGCGGCAUCACCAAGAGCGACCUGCGCAUAGACAAGCUGGGGGAGGCGCGGAGCCCCUUGGACCGCAGUCCCCUGGAGCACAGCCCCAUUCCUGUGGAGGUGCGCCACCCCUUCUACCCAAUCCCCGAGCAGGCCUUGCACACCACGCUACAGGAGACCAAGCUGCAGCUCAAGGAGGACAUUCAGACACUCAGCAGCCGAAUGGCUUCCCUGGAGUCGCAGGUGGCUGAGAUCUUGAAACUUCUCUCCGAGAAGAGGAAGCCACCACAGACUUCCGCCCCCAAAACCAAAAUCAAAUGCCAGGACAUUUUCACCGUCUCCAGACCAGUCACACCCGACUCAGAGAAAGACGAUGGGCAGUUUUGAACUGCUCACUGUUUUCUUGUUAAUUUAUCUCUUUUAGUUAUUUGCACCCAUGCCUUUUCUCUCAUUGAGGAGAGGAGCAAGAGAAACAUAUUUUGUGUAAAAUGGACAAAUUAUUUUCCCUUGUAAAUAUCUUUCUGCAUGUCCAGCUGGAUUCUGGCCUGCCAAAGAAACUUAAUAACUAACUAUUGCUUGUAUAUUAUGCAGUUUACUGCAUGCAAAAUAAAGAAGAGAAUUAUUUAUUGUUCUAACUGUAUCUCCAGGAAUUUAGAUUGUUUUAAUGAUGUCGAUUCACAAUGAAGAAAUUCAGGGUUUGGGAAUUUGGAGAACAUUUCCUGUUGGUAUUAUAUAAAUAUGUGAAUUGCAUCAAAAAGGUAAAAUAAUAAUAAUAAUUAAAUCAAUAAACUCUGUCAUUAUAAGGUGCUUGAUUAAUCUUUUUAGAUCUUUUAUAUUUCCAUUUUGGUAUCAUUUUUGUACAUUUUACAUUGCAUUUUGUGUGAAAUUAAUAAUUUUUGUUAAAUGGGCAUCAAGGCAUCCAGGUGACACUGUCUCUUCAUAUUUGAGACAGCUGAGUAGUCAAGCUUGGUUUCUCUCUCUCAACGUACAUUUUAAUUCUGUUUAUCCAAACAAGGUGACAGAGAACUUUAAAACUUAGACCCAGCAGAGAUAUGAUUUAAUCAAUAUGUUGGUCACAGCUACUGUACUGUAAACCUUUCGUCCCAUUGCUCCAGAUGCAAAAGUGAACAUUCAGCAUUGUGAUAACAUUAGUGAAUCAAUGAUGCCUUGACAAUCUCUUUUGGGGGGCAUAUAUUGUAUUCACCAGUAACUUUCUUAAUCUUACUAGCUAUUAGCUUACUAGCUAUGAUUUGUAGAAUUGAUGCCCACUUUGAGAAGUAAGAGGUGAAUUGGUAGCACAAUGAAAUGCAUUUGAAAUAGAUGGUAUCACAUUGGAAAUAUAAAUGCGAAAAAGUAUAUAAUGUGAAUAGAUGUUCCCAUUUAUACAUUUAUAUUUUAAUGUAUUUAUUGAAAAAAUAUAUAUAUUUAACUUGAAUAGUAUCCAUGUAUUGUUUUGAUUUAUUUUCACUAUUUAUGAAAUAUUUACAGAAAAUUUUCUCCAGAUGGGGAGAGGUGGUCUCUUGAACACCUCUGACUGAGAGGACCAGCCUCAGUGUAUUGGAGUUGCACUGCUGAGUUAAGUUGUGUGGGGAUGCCUAAUGCCUGCCCUGUAAAACAAUGUGUUUUUGUCUACCCUUCAAAGAAAGGAGCAUUCAUACUCAUAAAACCCAAAAACACAUAUUACACAAUGCCAUUCCAGUAUGCAGACAUAACCAGGAAGAUAUAAUUGCUUUAGUCCUUUUACUGUCGCUUAGUUACAGUACUCUCCACAUGCAAAAUGAAUAUACUUUCACUGGCCCACUUAUGGUGUGUUGCUGGUUGUGGUCAGCACUGAUCAAUGACACCCAGAUGUUCAAUUGUUGUGGAGCUGUUGGAAAAUGGUAUUGAAAUAAUUUAAUUUAUUAGUUUAAUUUGCAAAGAUGAAAUUGCAGAAGACAAGCCAAGAGACAUAAGAGCUUAAGAGAAGCAGCUCUUGGCACACAUAAAAUUCAGUAUAAUCCAAUGGUUCACAGUCCCCCUUCUCAAAACAAACUAUUGAGUAGCAAGCAGAAUGUUAUGGGAUUACAGAGAAAAUGGCUUGCCAAGCUGCAUAAGAGACUGCAAGUGCUUUGAUUGCACCUCACAGCUAAAAGCUCACCUUGAUGAAAUGCUGCUUCUUUAGAUUUCUGUUCUGCUGAAUGGCGGUUUAGGUGUACAGAGAGUAGAGUGCAUCAGUGCAUUUGGCAUUGGAUCUGGGUUUGAAUGGCCUAAUAGGGUUUUCCACAGUCCUCUAACCCUGCCAGAUAGAGCUUUUAGGUUGUGUAGCUCAUGAAAAGAUAAGUUCUUAAACUUAACUCAGCACUGCAGCAGAAACUCCUGUUUACAGGGAGCUAUCUAUUGCUUGCUUCAAAGUGCUCUGUAUUUAUUAACUGUCAACAAAAAUUAUACUUGCGAAUGCUGCGUUUUCUGUCAUUGUCAUAUUCAUUUUGAGAAGAGAUGGACUGCAGCUCUGCCUGUGACUCCAGAAUGCAGCAAGUGCUUCAUUUUCAGACACUCAGUUUUGUGUUUAGCAGUAAACACAUUGAGAGACCUCCAAGGGAGAUACCUGACUAUUAAUAUUCCGACUGGUUACAGUGCGUGUGUGUGUGCAUGCGUGCGUGUGUGUGUGCAUGCAUAUGUGCUUGCGUGCAUGCAUGUGUGCCUGCAUGUGUGUGUGCCUGCGUGCAUGCAUGUGUGUGGAUGUGGAUCUGGGUGCACAUGACUUUAUCAUGUAUAUACAUAUGUGUUCUGUCAAUCUAGCCUUGCGUGCUCUGGAGUCAAAACCACUCAUGCAGACACCCAAUCAAGACAAGCCAUACAAUGAAAGGAUUUUUUUUUAAGUCUUGAAAGCUUUUACUUUCUCUCUGUUGUGCUCUUUGAGCUCUAUAUCCAGUUCGAUCUAGAAGAGCCCCCCACCUCACCCCACCCGGGAUCUGUUGCAUGGCCCCCUGCCCUCGCCGGCACCUUACAGAAGGAUCAUUGCAUCUGAAAUUCCUCCAAACCCUGAAGUCACGACCAGUCUAGAGACAGACAGACCAGAACCGCCUCCCUGUGACCUCCCCCUUGCCCACACUAACGGGUAUUCUCUUUCCUGCAUGGGGAGACAGGUGCCAGCUGAGACUUAAUACUCUUCUAGCGGGCCAGACAUGCCACUCCUGAGCACUGUACACUGAUACCCCAAUAAUGGCAUCCUGAUUGGAUUGACUGGAUUUAUUUCACCUUGUGCUGAAUACAGAGAGGCCCAUCUCCGUCAGUACAGAGGCCAUGCUACUUGUAGAGACUCAUAAUGCCUGUCGUGUGAGAGGGGGUUAAGUCUCAAGUCAGAUAGGGGAACAUUCUGUAUUGAACCAUUUACGACACAAUGGUCUUCAGUCUCCUUUUAAGGGGCAGUUUGCCAGUGAGCUAUUGAAAAUUUUUUUUCAUUGAAUUGAUGCUGAUUCCUUCACUCGAGUAGCAUUUGUCAUGUUUUUAAAGAGGAAUGUUUUGUCUCAAUGCGGUCUUUCCUGUCCUUAGCCUGUGUUUUUUAUUUAAAUUUUAUAACCGAGGGUUGUCUUUUGGGUGCGUGUACACCUUGUUUCCCAGCCUGUUGGAACGAGGUAGUGCAUAAUUUCCUGUUGAUGCCAUUGUUGCCAUUUUGUUUUAUGUUGUAAAGUCACAAACUAUGCAAUCUUCUUUUGAGUUUCUAGUAGUGUAGAGCAGUGAUUGUGGCACUGGCUUUUUUAUUAGAGGGAAGGAACUGCCAAGCACUGUUUUGGAUAAUAUGUUCCUGCAUGGCCCCCCUGUUCGGGCUGUUCACAGGUAAUUCAGAAUGUAAUAUAUUCUGUACAUAGAAAUGUCAUAUACUCAGCUGUAUUUUUAUAAUCACAUUUUAUUUGAUUAUAGCCAGUCUUUGUUGCAGAGAGCGCAUGCGGGUGCAAAUACCAAAUAUUAGGCCACUGUACAUUGAAAAAGUAAGUAACAGACUUUUUUUUUUUUUACCUGGUCACAGGUCAUUUCCAGUUAGACCAAAACUUUGUCAUUUUUCAGAAAUGGCACCAAGUAGGAGAAAUACUGGGGACUGGUGCUCAAACUGCUAGGCACUCUGUCCCUCAUGAGAGAGAAGUGGAACAGAUCCUGGUAAAAUCCCCCUCCUGACAAACAUAUUUCCCUGCAAUCUCGCACCUUUAACAUGGAGCGCUCUCAUUGCAGGGAACACAUGAUGCAUUGUCACUUGAAUGUACACUCAGUAAUAUGAGAGGUCAUUUAUUUUCUUGGUGAAGAACAUAUAAAUCAGACUGUCCUGAGCAUGUAAAUGUACAGCUUGUAUGUGCUACUCUAUUCAUCCAUUCUACCAACUGGUGGUAGUUACAUUGGGACUGGAUGAAAGUAACAGCGAAAAGCAAUUAUUGUGCUCCCUUUAAAUAAUUUCUUUAUCUACAAUAGGACCAGUCAAAAAUGUUUUGUUUUUUUUUGUUUUUUUGGGGGUUUUUUUAUUGGAAUGGUUCUGUUUUUAUACAUUUUCGUUAAGCAAGGUGAAGUAGCAUUGACACUGAAAGCUGUUGUUUUGCAAUUCCACAAACUGGAGUAUCAGCACAAUAAAAUUAUGUCUGGACAGACA